AUCGAUAAGAAUAUUCGAUCAUCGUUCGGUUGUUUGAUCGCGUUACACGGUGAAACGGAAGCCCGUUGUCUUCGUAAUUAAAGUAUAAAACGAGGCGAGGCUGUGCAGAGGUUGCCUUUGCGCGUACUACAAAGGGGGUGGCGCGUGCGAGAGAAGCAAUUUCGCGUGUUCCCUGCCGAAAUUGCGUUAUGGUCGAACGUAAUUCCGCAAUCGAGGCACAGCUGGAUGUGCCGCAGGAAUAUCGAUGACAGUGCCGUAAUCGGAAACCGGCGUCGUUCCAACGUAAUCCAGGACGAAACGACGGACUACGUGAAAUUUUAAAAAAUUAUCAAUAUUCGAUCAUUUUCGUAAAAAUGUCUGUAAAUCAUAUUUAUCACGUGCGAUAACGAGAGAAUUAAUUCGGAAUAGACUGGUUUUCGUUCACGAUUCUUACCGGAAACGAUCGUAAAAACAGGUCAAAUAAAUUUCUUUGCCGAUGAUCAACGGGAAGGACUCGAUCGUUCCUCGGCGCGCGUUUUAGUUCCACGCCAUGUGGCCACCGCGGUGAAAAAUAAUGAAAGCCCGGGUGUCUGGCGGUCCGCGAUAAGCGCGCGUAACGACCGUAAAUCGAAAAAUGCAUCGGCUCGUGAAAGUCGCUCGACGGGGCCCGUAGCCGACGCACCGUCGUCGCAAAUUCUGAAAGAGGACUUCGGGCUUCUGCGCAAGGACGCGUCCAGGAUGCGGCUAUAAAAGCCCGAUCGGGACUAGCUCGCUUUCCAGUCACGUAUAGAGCCCAGUUUCCGCGAUCGAAAGGACAAAUUUUUAGCAGGAAUUUCGCGCCAAACGAAACAGAACCGAUGAGAGCGACGCGGGAAAAUCGAUCGACGCCAAGAGACUAUGUCCUUCGAAUUUCCCAACGACCGUAAUCGAGUGAUACAGGGCUUUAGUUCGCUCAGAAUUCGGGUCGACGUGCAUCGAAAUGAUGUUCGAAGCUGGGAAGGAUUCCAGAGCGAUCAUCGUCGCGGUUGUUUAUCUGAGUCUCUUCUUGGACAACGUGUUGCUCACGGUUGUCGUGCCGAUAAUUCCCGAUUACCUCUGCACCCUGGAGGGAAACACGACGACGAGCGGUGAGGACGACGAGAACGGUCGAGUGGGAUUGCUGUUGAGUUCGAAAGCAUUGGUGCAGUUAAUACUGAAUCCGGCAGUAGGCAUAUUCACCGGGACUUUCGGUUACACGAAACCGUUGUUUCUUGGAAACUUGAGCCUCUUAUUAGCAGCGAUGCUGUUCGCAUUCGGACAAACGUACGAAGUGUUGUUCCUCGCGCGAAGCGUCCAAGGGAUCUCAUCUGCGUGCAUCGGAGUUUCCGGGAUGUCGCUGGUAGCCUCUCAGUAUCCAGAAGAAGACAAAAGAUCGAAGAUCAUGGGUUUCGUCCUUGGAAGCAUCGCGUUGGGCGUUCUCGUUGGAUACCCCAUAGGAUCCGUCCUCUACGAUCUCGAAGGGAAGAUGGCACCCUUUCUACUGGUCUCCUGUUUCAUCGUCAUAACUAUAUGUUUGCAGACCUUUACGUUGGACAUCGAAACGAGGACACAGACCAGCGGACGAGAGACGUCUUGGACGCAUCUCUUAUCAGAUCCGCAUAUACUGAUAAUCUUCGGGGCAAUAUGGUGCUCGACGUCACCGAUGGCUAUCUUGGAACCCUGCUUACCAAUCUGGUUGAGAACUCAUAUAAAACCCAAGAAAUGGCAACUGGGAACGGUGUUCAUUCCAGACAGCGUGGGAUACUUGGUCGGGACCAAUUUUUUCGGUAUGAUAGCGUAUCGCUACGGGCGCAGUAAAACUGCUGUUCUAGCCAUGUUCUUGGUCGGCACGAGCACCAUUCUGAUACCAUCCGCUCGGACAAUGUCGCAGCUGAUAGUUCCGCAUUUGGGAAUGGGUCUGGGCAUCGGAGUGGCGGACGCAGCUCUGGUCCCAUUGUUGGCCAGCUCGGUAGACCAAAACGGCGAUUAUGGCCCGGUCUAUUCGAUCCAACAAGUGGCCGUUAGCUUGGCCUAUUCCCUUGGACCAAUCGUGGGUGGAGAAAUGGUGAAGGCGAUCGGUUUUCAAUGGGUGAUGCGAAUCGUUGGGUUGAUCAACAUCGUCUACUGUCCGCUGUUAAUAUAUCUCAGCUUGGAGAGAAAAAAAUUACUGACUCAGCAGGAUAAAGAGAAGACGGAUUACGAGACCUUCCAAAAAUCUGUGGCGAGAUACGAGCGAUUCGGAGACUCCGACGAAGACCUCUGACCUCUGGAUCAAUUUUACCAACGUCAUCUGUCCAAAUUGAAUCUCUAUUUUGUAUAAUACUAUCAAAACAGAACACGAUAUAUCUGUUCGUUAUCUUUACUUAUCUUAAGGGAUGAAUAAAACAAAACCUUGACCAUUUAUCCUCGGUAAAUAAACAUAUAAUAUAAAA